GGCGGGGGGCUGGAUGUAUAAAUGGAGGGCCAGGAGGCAGCAGAGGCACUGACCACUGGAGAACUGUCUCGCUGUGCCCACUCUCUUGUCCCAGGCUUCACUGUCCAACAUGGCCAAGCACCCACUGCUGCUGUUGCUGUCUGUGUGGGUGAUGGCGGGGGCAUUGUGGCUGGAAACUGAAGCCAGGGAAGUAUCUGAGGACAGAGUGAAGAUUUGCGGCUGGAAGAUCAUCCGGGCAAUCAUCUUCACCUGCGGAAACUCCAGAUGGAGGCGGUUGGACAUCCUGGCCCAUGAAGCAAUGGGAGAUGCCUUCCCAGAUGCAGAACCUGAUGCAGACAGCAAGCUGGAAGAGGCAGUAGCCUCCAGUGAGUGGCUGGCCCUGACCAAGUCCCCCCAGGCUUUCUAUAGGAGCAAACGCAGCUGGCAGGGAACCCCAGAGGCUCUGCAGGCACCCAGAGAUAUAGUGAUUGAACUCGCCAGCAACUGCUGCACGUUGGGUUGCAGCGAAAGUGAAAUCAGCAGGCUCUGCUAGACCAGGGAACAUGAUGGCUGGGGGUACCAGGGGAAAUGCUGAGUACCUGUCUUUGGCUCCUUAUACAUUCAUUUGUCAGCAAGUCAUGGAGGUCAGGCACCAUGGACUCCAACACAGUGCCCCCAAAUAACCCUGACUUUUGACCAGCCUCUCCUAACCCCAAGCAAGCUAUAUCCCUACUUGGCCAAAUGGUUGCCCGUGAUCCUGAUUCCUGACCUCUCCCCAGCCCAAUACCAUGCCUUUGU